UAGAGGAUAGGAGUGAAUCUUCAAGAAUGGCAGACAAAUGUAGCAGCAGUAGUGGGAGUGAGAAUGGAGAUUCAAGAAAUUCUAGUUUAUCUAGUGCCAGUGAAGAAGAACGCCUGCGGCGCCUUUUUAAGAGUUGUGAUGCAGAUGGAGAUGGCUAUUUAGAUGGGUACGUGCAAAGUAGACUUAGUAGAUAAUGUCCUUUUUCUAAAGAAUUUCUGAGUUGACCAAGAUAUAGAUAGCAAAAUAAUUAAAUAUGGUGUCUCAUGAUUUUUUCCAGGAUCAGGAAACCUUUUUAGCUAUCACGCUAAAAUAGAUAUGCUUACACAGACGUUAUCCUCUUGAUUUGAAACGAAUAAAAUCAUAGACUAUUAAUAUUCAAAAUAAUUUAUCAAAAUAAUUUUAUUGAAGGAAACAGUUACAAGCAUUAAGAUUAUAAAGUGAAUGUCAUAAAAUAAAUUAAUAAAACUCUAAAAAAAAUUUAGUGACGUAAAAUUAUAUGCGACCAGGCCACUAUCAUAACAUUGGCAAGACAAGAAAUUUGUUUAUGCUAGCUGUCAACUGCUUAGCCACUACUAAUCACAAGUUAUAUACAAUUCUCUACACAAUACACAUGCCAUAUGCAAUGUUAUCAGAACAAACAUUUAGUUACGUCUUAGAAAGGAACAUUAUUUUUAUAUAAGUUUAUUGAGCUCUUAUUAUCUCCAAGAAGUUUUUCCCCAUUUGGAGUACUUUAACCUUUUUUGGAAGUAUAAUUCAAUCAAUAAAUCACCAUACAAAAUUUAAAUUUAAAGGCGAAACAAGAUUAAUAAUGAAUUCAGUCAUUUGUUUGAAAGAAAAAAUAUUAUGACACCCUUAAAAAUGUUUAUAAGGUUUGGAUUUCCAUUACUGCUAAAUAGGAAACAAAAAUCUCGUAUGUUUUUUUAAGUAGCGAGACAAUCCAUAAAUAAAGAUUAAUAAUUAAUUGCUGCAAGCAGAAUGGUCAUUGGAAGAACUCUGUGAAAUUAAAUGUGAAUAACUUAAAUUUCAUAAAAUUAUUUUUGGCUUUCAGCCAAAGAUGAAGUAGUGUACAUUUUUUGUGUUGUGGGAAUUUUAAGAAACAAGCAAUUUCAUUUAAUUAAAAUCCUUAAUUAUAGAGGAUUAUAAAAAAAAAUUAAAAACUAUUAUAUUAAAAUUAUUUUAAAUGCAAAAUAUUUUCACAUUAGUCAGAAAGCUAUUAUUGUUACUUUCUAUGACUAUAGAUGAUCAAAUUUAGAAUAAAAUAUAUUUGCAUUUACAGAGAAGACCUUACAUUCAUGUGCCGUAUGUUGAACAUGGCCGAUUCUGUGGAUGAGGUUCGAUUGCAGCUUGGUCUCACUGACAACACCAAAAUAUCAUUUGAUGACUUUCUCCGGUGCCGCACUCGAGUUAUGCUGGAAUCCUCCAUUCAACACCCUCAACAUAUGGUGUUCCACAGUAUGGCGACAGCGCAGUCGCCAGCCAUGAUGUCAGGAGAAGACACAGGCAUCGAGUCUGAUACCAGUGGCAUGGUGGGAAACAUGUCAUCAAACAAGCUGACAUCCUGGCCCACUCUUAGCAGUGACAGUCUAGGUAAAUGAAUUUACAAUAUACAUCUUUUCUAGUGUGAAUGAAAUAUCUUGAUUGUGGCUUAACUAGAAGUAGGAUUUGAAAAUAACAACAAACUAGAUCUUCUUUUUUAUUAAUGUAAAGUAAGAUCCAAAGUUUAAUGAAGAGAGUGGUGAUUUAGUAGAGAACAAACAAAGCAAGAAUCACUUGAGAUAAAAGUCCUUCUUCAGCAUGUAAAAUAGAACAAAAUAUUCAUAUGCCUUCUCCUUUGCCUUAUUUGAAUCUAGUGGUGCACUGACCAUUGACAAAAUCUAUUCAAAUUUAUCUUUCAUCUGAGCCAUUUUUUCCAGAUCAUUCCACGUCUGUUUCUAUCGCUCUCUCUGUGUGUUCCAACUGAUGCAGAUGUCUACCCACCCUAAAAUGUGUUAAAAUUUAAAUUUUUCUAAAACCUGCUUUUAUCUCUGUCAGGUGCGCUGUCCUAUAACAAACCAGAGAGUGCUGACUAUGACAGUGGGGCCAGGGAUCUGAGUCCUGAGCCUGUCACAAUGAGUUUGACUCAGCUGUUAGAAACACAUGACCCACACAC